AUGCGCCUCUUCGCUGCCCUCUGGACACUCGGGUCCCUGCUGAAAGAGGCGCAGGCAUGGAGCUUCAAAAACGGAGUAUUUCAUAACUCAAUAUGGCUGGAACAAGCAGCUGGAGUUUACCACCGAGAAUCACGCAAAGGCAGAUACCAGCUGACAUAUAAAGAGGCCAUGGCCGUCUGCAAAUACGAGGGAGGGGCGCUGGCCACUUACGAACAACUGGAGGCAGCUCGUCAGAUCGGUUUCCAUGUGUGUGCAGCUGGAUGGUUCGACAGAGGACGUGUUGGUUACCCCAUCGUCAAAGCCGGUGCCAACUGUGGAUUUGGGAAAGUUGGCAUCAUUGACUAUGGAUACAGGCUCAACAGAAGUGAGAAAUGGGAUGUGUACUGCUACAACCCAAACUCCAAGGAAUGUGGUGGUGUGCUGACAAACCCGCAGAAGAUCAUCCAGUCUCCAGGAUUCCCUGACGAGUACCAGGACGAGCAGAUCUGCUACUGGCACAUCCGUGUGCGCCUAGGUCAGAGGAUCCGCCUCCGCUUCCUGGAGUUUGAUGUGGAGGAGGACAUGGAGUGUAUGGCCGAUUACCUGGAGGUUUACGACAGCUAUGAUGAUGUCUCAGGCUUUGCUGGAAGAUUCUGUGGUGAUUAUUUACCUGAUGACAUCAUCAGUACAGGAAAUGUGAUGACGCUGAAGUUCCUCUCGGAUGCUUCAGUUACAUCUGGGGGCUUCCAGUUACAGUACACUGCCUUUAAUGCAUCUCUGUUUUCACAGGAUUACACUUACCAAGAAUUUAAUACACUGGUGUGAUACAGUUGCUGUAUUUUUAUUGUUAUUGGUUACUUCAUGUACUGUAAUUAAUAGGUUUUUGUAGCUCCAUAAAGAAGAAAAUCUGUGAA